AUGGAGUCACCGUCGCCGGUUUCCGGCCCUGAAGCAGAGGUUACGUCGGCGUAUCACGCGGAAGAGGAGGACCAAACCAUCCGGACAUGCUCCCGCGGGAGCCGUUCUCAUGGGGAGACUCCGGCCAACACCUCGCCAGGCGAUACCCGGUCGAUGGCGCCACGGCAGGAGGCACAGGCGUCCGCUUUUUCAUUGACAAAACGCCCCUUAGCGCGGCCUGCAUUGCGGCCGUACGAGAUCCUUGUCACUAGGCGCCUUCCCCUGGUUGUGUACUUCAAGCGUUGCAUGCAGCUCCUUCACAGCGGACUGGAUGUCUCACAGCAAAAGCACGCAAAUGCCUUCAUCUCGGGAACAAAGGACGCGCAGCUGCAAAAACAAUUCGCGCCCCGUUUUCCAUUCAUUAUUCUUCGGGGCGCCGGAGGCUGUAUGCGCACAGCGAUUUGGCUCGCGCAGGAUGUCGUCAAGGCGCUGGGUGGAAUGACAACCUGCCACGCGGGGAAGCACGGCGCUGCUUCCAAUGCUAGGAGUUACUUGCCUUGUCUCGAGAUCGACACCUAUACAGUGGAGUGCUCUGACACAGCCUGGACGCUUGUCGAAGAGGAAGAAGACGAUCCAUGUUCCGCGUCUGGAACUUUCGAUUGCGGCACGAGGCAUCUGAUAGCGAAUUCAACUCUUGCGGCCGCCAAGGCCGCUGCUGAUCGAAUAUCAGCGGCCGGCAUGGUCCUCUGCCAAUACAGCGACACCUGCGGUGCCGCAGUAUUGCUGCUGGCGGACCCCGGAUUCUAUGACGUGUUUAUAAAUUAG